AUGUUGAAGUAUCCCUUUAAGUCUCAUCCUUCAGCAGCUCACCUGCAGCCGUCCGGUGUUUUGCUGAGCAGACAGUGUUACUGGGCUGUCGCUUCUCAGGAUUUAUUCCAUUUAAAAGUGAAGGACUUGUCCAGUGAGCUGAUGGACCCGGACCAGAGCAGGGAGGACCAGGAGGACCAGGGCUCCAGAGCGGCGGCCCGCCGGGUCCAGGCUGCAAAGACUCAGCUUUCCUUCAGCAGAGCCCAGCCAGUGACACUGGCGAGUGCAGGAAAGGACCUCAAAGACGACUUCCUGAGAGCGCUGGCGGAGCUGGAGAGGGCCAACCGCAGCGGGAAGACGACCUCCGUCAUCUUCAUCCGGGAUUACAAUCCUCUUGGACAGGAAGUGUCUGGCUAUAUAGACUACGCCCACAGACUGAAGACUGAAGACUUUGCGGCGUACUUCAGUGGAAAGAAGAGGCUGAUGCCAGGACGCUCUGAUUUAUGCUACUACAACUGGAAGACUCAGACGUCCACGUCCAACUCCAGCCCCAACUUUGAGGUGGUCUACGAAGACGUCCACGGCCUUCUCUUCAAGAGCAAACGGGACAAGAAGCUCCUGAAUGUGGAUCCUCAGGUUGCUCCUGAUGAAGACACGUCCGUCCUGCAGUCCCCGCUCUACCAGCAGGUGGUCGUCUUCAACCACCACGUCAGGACCGUGUGA